AAGCUGGACAAGGCACUAGGACCUAGAAGGCAUCUAUCCACCCUGGCAGGAAUUUCUUGCUUGGAGCUCAGACAACAAAGGCAUAGAGAGAUUGGUUUUCUUUCUCUCAGCAUCUCCACCCAACCAGCAGAAAACCGGUCUCUGAGGUUCCACCAAAAUAUGGAACUUGAUUUUGGACAUUUUGACGAAAGAGACAAGACAUCCAGGAACAUGCGAGGCUCACGGAUGAAUGGGCUGCCCAGCCCCACUCACAGCGCCCAUUGUAGCUUCUACCGAACCAGAACCUUGCAGGCACUGAGCAACGAGAAGAAAGCCAAGAAGGUACGUUUCUACCGCAAUGGGGACCGCUACUUCAAGGGGAUUGUGUACGCUGUAUCCUCUGACCGUUUUCGCAGCUUUGACGCCUUGCUGGCUGACCUGACUCGAUCUCUGUCUGACAACAUCAACCUGCCUCAGGGAGUGCGUUACAUUUACACCAUUGAUGGAUCCAGGAAAAUCGGAAGCAUGGAUGAACUGGAGGAAGGGGAAAGCUAUGUUUGCUCCUCAGACAACUUCUUUAAAAAGGUGGAGUACACCAAGAAUGUCAAUCCCAACUGGUCUGUCAAUGUGAAGACAUCCGCCAAUAUGAAAGCCCCCCAAUCCCUGGCUAGCAGCAACAGUGCCCAGGCCAGAGAGAACAAGGACUUUGUGCGCCCCAAACUGGUGACCAUCAUUCGCAGCGGGGUGAAGCCUCGGAAGGCUGUGCGUGUGCUUCUGAACAAGAAGACAGCCCACUCUUUUGAGCAAGUCCUCACUGACAUCACCGAAGCCAUCAAGCUGGAGACUGGGGUUGUCAAAAAACUCUACACUCUGGAUGGAAAACAGGUAACCUGUCUCCAUGAUUUCUUUGGUGAUGACGAUGUGUUUAUUGCCUGUGGUCCUGAAAAAUUUCGCUAUGCUCAGGAUGACUUUUCUCUGGAUGAAAAUGAAUGCCGAGUCAUGAAGGGAAACCCAUCGGCCACAGCUGGCCCAAAGGCCUCUCCAACCCCUCAGAAGAGUUCAGCUAAGAGCCCUGGCCCCAUGCGCCGGAGCAAGUCUCCAGCUGACUCAGGUAACGACCAAGACGCAAACGGGACCUCCAGCAGCCAGCUCUCCACCCCCAAGUCUAAACAGUCACCCAUCUCCACGCCCACCAGUCCUGGCAGCCUCCGGAAGCACAAGGUAGAUCUGUACCUGCCUCUGUCCUUGGAUGACUCAGACUCGCUCGGUGAUUCCAUGUGAAGGAGAAGAGAACGUUCAGAGUCCAGAGUACAAAUCCAAGCUUACCGUUACAAUAGGGUACUUCUGCUCAAGGGUCCAACACGGCUACUGGUGCUUUCAAGUUUUUAUUUUUUUGUUGUUGUUAUUUUUAAAAACACACUGUAAUAUGUUGGGUUUAUUUUCCUGUGAUUUCUCCUCUGGGCCACUGAUCCACAGUUAACCAACCAUAAGAGAUAGAUUGAUAACCAUCCUUUGGGGUAACUUUCCGGGGAUGCAAAAUGUGCUAGUCCAUGACCUUUCUAUUGAACACGUAGGCGCCUGUGCUAUUUCUCCCCUGCCUCACUUUGCUCAUACACGCGACAGUCUUCCUUCUGUAGAGGGUUGUUUACAUACAUAGCACUUCAAAUGUGUAUGUGGGAAAGAAACUCAUUGGCAAAUCCAAGAGUGACAAACACAAGUGCCCCUUGUCUCCCGAUCUCAAGAAUGCUGGAGACUCCCGGGAGGACGGCAAGGCAGCUCCCCAGGCUCGCGCUUCACUCCUGAUUGAGCCCCCCAGUUUGUUGUCCCACAACAAUUCUGGCUGUCAAGGGGGAGAAACACCAGCAACUUGUAAUUCUGACACCAGAUGUUUAGGAUCCCCGUGCAGGGCUAGCUAAAAAGAGACUAGGCAGAACUGAGUGAGAAACACUGUAGACAUUUCAGUAGAGUUUCUAAAGCACAGUGAAUUUCUUGUCGAUCUCUCCAGUGGGGCACUUUGGAAUCAAUAAGCAAUUAAGAAUUGGUGGUGAGGGACUUCAUAUACCCGAGUCCUCUAGGAAGCUAACAUAGCGAGUUAUUACACAAAACUGUACGGUAUCCAUCUAUCUCUGUUCUAUUGAAUGCCUUGUAAACAGCCAACACUGAAAACACUGUGAGAAUUUGUUUUCAGGUCUGACACCUUUCGGUCGCUUUUUAUAGCAAGAAACCAAUAUCCUUUUUAUAAAACCUCGUGUCUGUAUUUCAGGAGCAAACUCUUCAGGCUCCCUUUUUAUAAACUGGUGAUUUUUCUUUUGUCUAAAAAACACAUGCAGAAAAUUUACCAAAAAAAAAAAAUGCAGAAGAAUAACGUAGUUUAGAAAUCAUGCUGUCACUGCCAAACAGAAACCUCCAGAAGGAAACAAAAUGAAUAGCAGAGGCCAAUUCAAUAGAAUCAGUCUUUUGAUAACUUUUUAACAGUUAUGCUUACAUUAAUAAUUUCAAUGUGGACCAGACAUUCUAAUUAUAUUUUAAACGAAAUGUUACGGCAUAUUUUAAGCAGCUCUUUUUUAUCGAUAAUCCUGAUAUUUCAUACUGAAGACACAGAAACCUUGCGCUUGUCUUUACCGCUAGAAAGGAUUUCUCUUUGCUAAGGACUGAUCAUUUGAAAUAGUUCUCGGUCUUUGAGGUACCGGUUCAUAACACUGCUUUUUGUCUGUAAUCAUAGCCCAUAACGGCAAAGACAACUAAAUUUAAGGGAAAGCCAUGCAUGCCAAUUCUGUGUUUGCUUUUAGCAGAUAUGAAGAUUUCCUUAUUUCUUUGUAAUUGUUCGGAUAGUUUGCAAGGGGCAGCAUUCAAAGCUGAGCCGCUGUUUGGCUAGUGUUGUUCCUCCACUUGUGCUGGAAUGAGCUUGGUGUGUGUGUGCGUGUGCGUGUGUGUGUGUGCACAUGUAUGCGCAUGUGCGUGCACCAGCCGUUCCUUCAAGAUUAGGAUCGUGGGUCGUACAUGGAUCGGUGGCAACUUGGUGGCGUUGCUGAUGUGCGCUAUGUAGAAGGGAACCCAGGGGAGGAUGGGGUAUCUCAGAUACCCGUGGACGAGCUUCAGGUGUCCGUAGCUACAAGAAAUACUUUUGGUUCGAGAAAAGUCCUGAUGAUGGUAGUACUGAUUCCUGGUCACAUGGGUCAUUGAAGAACCCCAAAUCGUGAGAACCUCCUUUUGCCCCUCUCCUUUAUGUGUAGGCCUGUUAGAAACCAUUAAGAAGCCCAUUUUACCUACCCCCUACUUCCUUGUGGAAGCUCCAGGUUUUCUUAGUGCCUCCCAGAACAAUUUGUAGUUAAUUGGGAAAAAAGAGCAAGCCAGAGGAGGAGUUCAGAUUUCCUCCUCUGCAGGCCCGAAGCCACCUCUCUGAGCGUUUCCUUGAUCGUGGCGUAUGUACUCAAUGGACAUAUUUUCUGUGGAGUGACCUUUGAUCCAACCGUCUUCUGUAAUAAAAGUAGAUGUUUCCAUCUUCCUUGUAAUCAGUUAGAAGAGAAUGUUUCUGUACCGCCACUUCAGGGGGCUUGGUAUAGUUCCAAAUCCAAGCCUUUAAUAAGUGCAUUUUAAAUUGGCCCAUUUUCAAGGCAGAAAAGAAAAAAAAAACCCAAAACAUUGGAACGGAGCGCCUUCACCCCUGUCGUUCAUUCCCGAUUUUGCCCAAUCCGGUUUUAGCACUGAAGUCAUUCAGCAAGCAUCUGCCACCACUCUCCUCCCCCCCUGCCCCAUCCUCCCUCCCUGUUUUACGCGUGCACACACACACACACGUGCACACACACACACACACACACGCACACACACACAUACACAGUCCAUCUGUUGCUUGUUCCUACCUCCUGAUUUUUCUCCCUUACAGAAAUAGAAAUAGGGA